UUGUGUAUUUGGUUGUUGGCACGUGGCUUUUGGUUGUAUGGUGAGGAUUGUUGUACUAAAUGGAUUAGUUAUACCAACAAUCUCAAAAUUAGGAUUCUUCUAUAAAUAGACGCUCCUUCUCUGCACAGCAAGUAACAAUGUCUACGAAAAAGAUCUUGUUUAAGAGCUCCGAUGGUCACUUGUUCGAGGCCGACGAAGCUGUCGCACGCCAAUCGACGACGAUAUCACAUUCCCUUGAAGAUUGCUGCGCCAAGGCCGACGAUGAGUUCCUGCUUCCGAACGUCUCCGGCAACAUCCUCAGCUUAGUGAUCGAGUACUGCAAGAAGCACGCCGACGUUGGCUCCAUCUCCGAGGAAGAUCUCAAGAAGUGGGACGCCGAGUUCGUCUUGGGUAUGGAUCAGCCCACGUUCUUCGAUCUCAUCCGGGCUUCGAACUACCAGAACAUCCCAAGCCUGAUUGCUCUAACUUGCCAGACGAUCGCUAAUUUGAUCGCGGACCCAAAUGAGAUUCGCGCAACGUUCGAGAUCAAGAACGAUUUUACACCGGAGGAAGAAGAAAAAGGUCGCCAGGAGAAUCGAUGGGCCUUUCAUUUGAGUCAUUAGGGUGUCAUGUGAGACCCGUUAAAUCUCGAUAAAUAAUAGUUUGUUACCAAAAACAUUGAAAAUUCAGCAGUUCUGCCGGAAAAAGUCCCCUUUUGACACCCCUAAUUUAUUUUGACACCUCUUAAAUACAUUCUUGGAUCCACCACUGCAAUAAUGUUUCUUGGUUAGAUAUAUACCGUGUUGUUGAUUAGAUGACUUU